AUGGGUGGUGGUGGAGGGAGAGGGUAUAUCAUUCCCCCAAGUAAUCAGCCAUACUCCUUAUCUGGCAGUAACGACAAUCACAUGGCUUACAACAUGUACCAGUCGUGGGUAACCAGUUGGAAUUACCUGAAGGAAGUUAUAAAAGCCAUCUUCAGUGAUGAGCCUCCAGGGUUCUUUGUAGAGGCAGGCGCCCUUGACGGGGAGUACAUCUCCAACACUCUGGAUCUGGAACGCCUCAGUGGCUGGGAGGGACUCCUGGUGGAAGUUGACGAGGAGUUGUUCUCUAGACUCAAGAAGAAGAACAGGAAAGCCUGGAUCUCUAAUGCCUGUCUCGCCACUUUUCCGUAUCCACACCAAACAAUUUUGGUGAAAUUUGAAAACCAUGGCAUGCCGGACGAUAGACUUGCCUUACCUUUGAAAGGAAACAAUGUUUUGAUGCAGUCCAAAGAUUUGGAUGAAAAGAUGACAAUUGGUCUCCCUGUGUAUCAGCCAGCUCAGUGCUUCCCCCUACAGACGCUUCUUCUGGCAAUUAAUGUUACCAAUGUCAACUUGAUAUCGCUUGAUGUUGAAGGUGUGGAGAUGGAUGUUCUUAAUUCAUUCUUCAGCUCCAAAGGAACUAUCACUGUGGACGUCUGGAUUGUUGAACACCAACACCACAAUUCCAAUUUGGAAGAUAAUGACCACGUAGACCGACACUUCAUUUAUUGGUUCCAGUCUAAGGGCUACACUUUAUACACCUUUGGAAGUUACUCCCCAAAAGACUACAUCUUUAUACGCAAUGGUUCAAGUAUCUACGAAAAGUCAUUCUCUUCCAGACCUGCUAAAUUUAUUAAAACAUUCUAGAUGUUGGUCAAAAAUUAUGCUUCCGAGUUACCGCAAGCUGAAAUACUGCUGUUAUAUUUCUAAAUGGGAUUACAGCAAUAACUUGACAUAAGUAUACGAAGUAAUAUGUCGUUUUCUAUAGCCUACAUUAGAUUAAAGGCACGUUGAUAAAACUCGAACUAGCGGAUUCAGAUUUUUGUCCACAUCAAGGCCAAUGGGACUGGUAGGCUAGUAUACAAGGAAAAGAAGUAAAGGACAACACAAAAUGAAGUUAUUAGCCUCCUUAAAGUUGGAAGUUUAUAGCAACCAAGAAACCAGAAACUUGAAAGGAAUAU